GUUUCCAGUGUGCUCAACCUUUCCUCAGAUGUCACUGAACUGUGCUUUGGGUUAGCCUUCGGGGCAUUGACCUGUCAGCAAAUAGAUAAUGUUUUCAAAAAGCUUGAAUUCUGUUCGGUGUUUUAUAAUGAUGAAAACUGAAGCUGGAAAAGGUUGUAAAACCCUUUGACUCUCCACAGUAGAGUCUCUUGUUUCUUUGGCUUCCUCAAGUUCACGCUCACAGGGUUAUUGACUGCAGAUUGCAGUCACCAUGUCUGACUCAGUAAUUCUUUGCAGUGUGAAGAAAUUUGGAGAGGACAAUUAUGGUUUAGAGUCAGAAAGCUUCCAUAACAAUGAUAAGAAUUCAAGGUUACAAGAUGAAAGGAAAAGUGACAGCAGUCAAGUUGGCUUCUUUCAAUUGUUUCGAUUCUCUUCAACGACUGACAUUUGGCUGAUGUUUGUGGGAAGUUUAUGUGCAUUUCUCCAUGGACUAUCCCAUCCAGGCGUGCUCCUCAUUUUUGGCACAAUGACAGAUGUUUUUAUUGAAUAUGACACUGAAUUACAAGAACUCAAAAUCCCUGGAAAAGCAUGUGUAAACAACACUAUAGUAUGGAUCAACAGCUCCCUUAACCAGAAUGUGACAAAUGGAACUCGGUGUGGGUUGCUGGACAUUGAAAGUGAAAUGAUCAGAUUUGCCAGUUACUAUGCUGGGAUCGCUUUGGUAGUACUUAUCACAGGAUAUAUUCAAAUAUGCUUUUGGGUGAUUGCUGCAGCUCGUCAGAUACAGAAAAUGAGAAAAGUUUCCUUUAGGAAAGUAAUGCGAAUGGAAAUAGGAUGGUUCGACUGCAAUUCCGUGGGAGAGCUGAAUACGAGAUUUUCUGAGGAUAUUAACAAAGUCAAUGAUGCCAUUGCCGACCAAAUGGCCAUUUUCAUUCAGCGCAUGACCACGAGCAUCUGUGGGUUCCUGCUGGGAUUCUACCAGGGUUGGAAACUGACCCUGGUCAUUAUCUCUGUGAGCCCUCUCAUUGGGAUUGGAGCAGCCAUCAUUGGUCUGAGUGUGUCCAAGUUUACUGACUAUGAAUUGAAGGCCUAUGCCAGAGCAGGGUCAGUGGCUGAUGAAGUCAUUUCAUCUAUGCGAACGGUGGCUGCUUUUGGUGGUGAAAAAAAAGAGGUUGAAAGGUACGAGAAAAAUCUUGUGUUUGCCCAGCGUUGGGGAAUUAGAAAAGGGAUCGUGUUGGGAUUCUUUACUGGAUUCAUGUGGUGUCUCAUCUUCCUCUGUUAUGCGCUGGCCUUCUGGUAUGGCUCCAAACUUGUCCUAGAGGAUGGAGAAUAUACGCCAGGAACCCUCGUCCAGAUUUUCCUCAGUAUUCUAUUAGGAGCUUUAAAUCUUGGCAAUGCAUCUUCUUGUCUGGAAGCCUUUGCAACUGGGCGUGCAGCGGCCACCGGCAUUUUUCAGACAAUAGACCAGAAACCCAACAUUGACUGCAUGUCAGAGGAGGGUUACAAGUUGGAUCGAAUUAAGGGUGAAAUUGAAUUCCAUAAUGUGACCUUCCACUAUCCUUCCAGACCAGAGGUGAAGAACAUAAGCAAAAACGUCUGCGUGUACCUCGGGAUGACUAAUGUAACCCUUUGUCCCCUCAAGGACAAGGACAGUCCUGCGGAAGAAGAAAUUGAACCUGCCCCGGUUAGGAGGAUUUUGAAAUUCAAUGCUCCCGAGUGGCCCUACAUGCUGGUAGGGGCGGUGGGUGCUGCUGUCAAUGGGUCGGUCACACCGCUCUAUGCCUUUUUAUUCAGCCAGAUUCUUGGGACUUUUUCACUUCCUGAUAAAGAAGAACAAAGGUCACAGAUCAAUGGUGUGUGCCUGCUCUUUGUAGUAGUGGGCUGUGUAUCCUUUUGCACUCAGUUUCUGCAGGGAUAUGCUUUUGCUAAAUCUGGAGAACUCCUUACAAAAAGACUACGUAAAUUUGGUUUCAGAGCAAUGUUAGGGCAAGACAUUGGCUGGUUUGAUGACCUCAGAAAUAGUCCUGGGGCACUAACAACAAGGCUUGCUACAGAUGCCUCCCAAGUUCAAGGGGCAGCUGGCUCUCAAAUCGGAAUGAUGGUCAGUUCCUUCACUAACAUCACUGUGGCCAUGAUCAUUGCCUUCUUCUUUAGCUGGAAGCUAAGCCUGGUCAUAAUGUGCUUCUUUCCCUUCUUGGCUUUAUCGGGAGCCAUACAGACCAGAAUGUUGACAGGAUUUGCCUCUCAAGACAAGGAGGCUCUGGAGAUCGCCGGCCAGAUUAUGAAUGAAGCUCUCAGUAAUAUCCGCACUGUUGCUGGGAUUGGAAAGGAGAGGCAGUUUAUUGAAGCAUUUGAGGUUGAGCUGGAGAAGCCAUUCAAGACCGCCUUUCGAAAAGCGAAUAUUUAUGGAUUAUGCUUUGGUUUUUCCCAGUGCAUAGUGUUUGUUGCUAAUUCUGCUUCCUACAGAUACGGAGGUUACUUAAUCCCCAACGAAGGGCUCCAUUUCACCUAUGUGUUCAGGGUGAUCUCUUCAGUUGUACUGAGUGCAACAGCUCUUGGAAGAGCCUCCUCUUACACCCCUAGUUAUGCCAAAGCCAAGAUAUCAGCUGCACGCUUUUUUCAACUGCUGGACCGACACCCCCCAGUCAAGGUGUACAGUAGUGCAGGUGAAAAGUGGGACAACUUCCAGGGCCAGAUUGACUUUGUUGACUGUAAAUUUACAUACCCUUCUCGACCUGAUAUACAAGUUCUGAACGGUCUCUCAGUAUCGGUUCGUCCAGGUCAAACGCUGGCCUUUGUUGGAAGCAGUGGAUGUGGCAAAAGCACGAGUAUUCAGCUGCUGGAGCGUUUCUAUGAUCCUGACCAAGGGAAGGUGGUAAGCAAUGCAAAUGCCUUAGAGAAUUGUGCUUUCUGCAGAAUAUCUCCAACCCCUUCAAAGUGGUUUCAAGAUCCCGCCUUGCCGGAUUCACUCUAAAGUGCUUGCCUCGGACACUUACCCCUGUGGAUAUUUUCCAGUUCCAGUCAUUUGCUGGUUGACCUGAUUCUACCUCACACUUUCUAACAUCAUAUUCUUCCCAGUUCCAGAUGGCCUGCUGGCUAGUUAGACAAAGCAAACUGGGAGCACGGCAAAGCUGGAGAUGAGUGUGUUUAACAGAAGUGUUCACUUACCUGUAAAUGGAGCAGAAAGUGCAAACUAAUCAGGAAACUAGUGAGCGCGAAGGGAAAAACUGACGGGGUGUUAAGUAACGCAAUGAUAAAUAAGUUGGGGGGGGUUGAGUACGAAAAACCUGACACAAUCCUGGUUCGAGAAGCUUAUGUCUAUAUGACAUAAAGAACUCAAAUUGGUAGUUUUGUGCCAACAAAGCUUUGGCAAGGAGAUUUGAAAAAUUGGUGAACUGCUUUGUUUCUCCUUUUCCAGAGCAUUUCUUCCUCUUUUCUGCCCUUUUUCUUGUCUUUCUUUCCAAAUAAUAUAUGCAGAGGAAUACAAAAUAAAAUAGGAAAGAUUUGUAAUAAAAAGCAACCUCUUAUUCUACCCUUUCCACCACUUCCCAUUUCUCUGUAAAGACAGCUAUUUUUAACUACACGAUGUUUUUAGAUCUUUCAAUGAUUACCUCAACGUCUCUACAGAAUAUGAUUACGCAGCUGUUUCACGAUUUAACAGAUUCAGACUCUCUGUUGACUUACUCUCAAGAGAUGGAAAUUUAGCUUACCCUUCCCACUCCCCCUCUUUUUACGCACCUCCUCCCAAUAUAGAUAUAUCACUUUAAACAGUUUCUCUGCUUAUAAAUUUAAUUAAUAUAAUUCUGCUUCUUUUCCACCACCUACAGAUAGUAUCUCUUGAAUUCUCAUUUUUUUUUGAUAUGAGGAUAGUAGCAAUCCUAUGUUUAUUUUCACCCCUUCCUCCCUCCUUUUAUUUCUCCAGUCCUAAUAACUGUACUUUUAUAUUAUCAAAAUGCAGAACACUAACAUUCUGUUUAAAGCAUUUAUUAUCUUUCACGCUUUCACUCUAGGCUGACUCUAAAAGUUAAAAAUCAACUGACGACUUUUGUUGUGAUUAUGUAAAUAUUGUUCAUCCCAUAGUCAAGUGGUGAGAUACAUCAGCAUUACAUUUUCUUUCUUGAUCGUUUUCUGAAAGGCUUUCUUUUUUCUUGCACCCUCUGCCUUUAUAAAAUGUUUGUAUUCUUCCCAUGUCUCUAUCCUGCUACCUUUUCUGAAGGACCAGCUUUUUUGUCUCAUGCCUGUCACUGCCUGGACUAAUUACAACCUGUGGCUGCCGAACACUUGUCACCUUGUGAGUUUCCUGCCUGUUUUCUUGGGAUUAGAUCCAUCAUUUCCUAAGUCCCGUAUCUUCCUCUUUCUUGGGUUUCACUUUCAUUUUGUUGGAGUGCAUCCACUAGUAGUUUUCUAAGAAAUGAUUCAGAGGCAUAGGUCUGAAAAUGUUUUAUUCUGCUCCCCAGUUGAUAGAGUGCUGAACUCUGAUAUUUUGGGAGAAAAAAGGCCUUUUUGAGUUCCCUGGGUAGUAUGAUCUUCAUUGCAAUGAGGACAGGUCACAUUAUGAGGAGAAAUGCUGAGAGAAACUCGAAGGAGGCAACUAAAGAGUCCCCUGCAUAAAGCAAAACAAAGAAACAAGUGAACAGAUAGUGGUAGAAUCCAGGAAAUUAUGCAAAUAAGGAGUAAGAGUUGAUUAUAUAUAAUUUAUAAUCACUUUUUAAUUAAUUUUAGGUAUAAAGAUUUUAAUGUGUUUAAAAGUACAUAGUGAUUGAGGAACCUAGAAAGCACAUUGCACUGGGGUCUGAUCUCUGCAAAGGAGAGGGUCCAGUUUCCCAAAAUGUCAGAUCAUCCCCUCUAUCACCCCAGGUAGACUGUGAGCUAUGAGACAUACAGGGAUCCAAAUCCUUCACGUUUGACCUUUCCAACAUUAACAUAUACAUUAAGUAUAUUUCUCUCAAUGUGCUCAGUGCCUGUUCUGGUCAUAGGUAGGAAGCAAUGCCCAUGAAGAAAUCAGCAUGAUUCCUUACAUCUCAUAAAUACAAUAUAUUUUAUUGUAUCACUGUAAAACAUUUCUGCGAACUUUUUUCAAGGGGAAAGAUACCACCUUUUAUGCAAAUUUUUAAAAAUUGUCUUUGCUUUUAAGGAAGCUACCAAAUGCAACUUUCAAUGUUUUCAACAUUUAAUUCCUGUGAUAUGCAGUACUGUGUUAGGCCCCGUGGGAGAGUCUAAGGAACGUGAAGCAUGUCUUCUGUCUUUUAGGAGCUUACGAUACUAUCUCAUGUACAAUAAUUAGCAAACAGCUCCAGUACUUAAUUAGGUAUCAGAUUGUGCUUUGCAAUAUAUAAGUACUAUGGAAAAUAAGCAGAGGAAGAUGAGCCAGGGCUAAUUGCUGAGGAAUGCCUUACAUUUUUUCCCACUGGUGUUUGCUUUUUCCAUUGUUGAGUAUUUAUCUAAAAUAUCAUAUGUUCACAGCAUUUAACAUAAUCUUUUUCUGAAAUCAGAAGGCCAAACACUUUAUAGUGGUAUGUUAGACAUACCGUACCUUUACUAUCUUAAGGAUUUUAAGUGAAACAGCUCAAAUGGUAGAUAUUUGAGUUCCUGUACUCAAGGGUCUAGCCCACGAACAACAAGAACACAGAGAUUAUUUUUUCAUUAUAUAGCAGCCAAAAGACUGCCUAGUUUGGUGCCCUUGUGGCAGGAAAUUCAAUAUAUGUUUGUUGACUGACUAAGUGAAUAAAUAUGCUCGUUUCUUACUUGGGUCUAUUAUGUUAGUGUCAGUAAAAUCAAGGAAACAGCUUUAAUUCUUAUACUGUCCAAUGGUUUUACAUAGA